CUUUCAUCUCCUGUCUCACAUUUCUCCUGUAAUGUUAAUUUCUUCCACAGACUCACAUCGAAUCUCCGUUCCAGUUACUGAAAUGAUUCCUGAAUCUCCAAAUCGGAUUUUGGCUGAUUGAGCAGGCAUUAUCAAUCAGUUUCCAGCCAACACAUAGCAAGUUCGACACGAAGAAAAUCCGGAGAAAAAGGGAAACCCAGGUCGUGCUCAUGGCCGAUGAAGGGUUACUACGUCGGACAGACUCUGCUGCUCCUAAAUCUUCGCUCCUGUCUGAAAUUUCAAAUGUCGCAACGAGAGAUUAUGCGAUCGGGUUCAGUUCUUGUGCCGGCAGUGCUUUUGUCUUCGGUUGCAUUAUCGGAUAUUCAGCUCCUACACAGUCCGGUAUCAUGAAAGAUUUGAAUCUCUCUAUAGCUGAUUAUUCAUUCUUUGGAUCCGUAUUAACGGUUGGGCAAAUAAUUGGAGCUUUCAUGUCGGGCAAAUUGGCAGAUUUGGUUGGUCGUGUGUAUACAAUGUGGAUAGUAAACAUUCUCUACAUCAUUGGUUGGCUUGGAAUUGCAUUUGCCAAGGAGGCUUGGCUGCUUGAUCUUGGGAGAUUCUUGCAUGGAUUCACGAUCGGGAUUGGUUCAUAUCUGGGUCCUAUCUACAUUGCUGAGAUAACACCAAGAAACCUGCGAGGAUCUGCUUCCUCGUUGUCUCAGUUGUUUGCUGGCAUUGGCAUAUCCACCGUCUAUGCUCUUGGAACUGUAUUCUCUUGGCGUAGCUUAGCUCUUAUGGGUUCUGUGCCUUGUCUUAUGACUUUGCCUCUACUUUUCUUCGUCCCCGAGUCUCCGAGAUGGCUGGCCAAAAUGGGGAGGCAAAAAGAAUUCGAGGCGGUUCUGUUGCAUUUACGGGGAGCAAAAGCCGAUUUUUCAGAUGAAGCAGCUGAUAUACUUGAAAAUACAGAAUUUGUUAGAGAACACCCAGAUGUUUGUUUCUCCAAGCUGUUUCAGCGAAAAUACGCAUUUUCACUUAUGAUUGGAGUUGUUGUGAUAGCAUUGCCACAACUCCAAGGGGUCAAUGGUUUUAUGUUCUACACAGACUCGAUUUUCGCCUCUGCAGGCAUAUCCAGAGAUGUUGGUUUCCAAACAUCGUCUCUUGUCCAGUUGUUGACAGGGGUAUUAGGUACUUUGCUGGUGGACGUAUCUGGGCGGCGUUUUCUUCUUCUUGUUUCUCAGGGAGGAGCAUUCUUGGGAUGCCUUGUCAUAGCCAUUUCUUUCUUCCUGCAGGAGAGGCAUAUCUGGGAAACAGGAACACCUAUCUUGACACUUGCUAGUGUGUUGGUGUAUAUUGGCUCCUACGCCAUAGGCAUGGGAUCAAUACCUUGGAUCAUUGCGUCAGAGAUUUACGCAAUGGACGUAAAGGGUGCAGCAGGAACGAUAUGUAACAUCGUAAGCGCCAUAAGCUCGUGGAUCGUCGCCUAUUUCUUCAGCUUCUUGCUUCAAUGGAGUUCGACUGGAACAUUUCUCAUCUUUGCCAGUGUGUGUGGUUUUGGAGUUGUUUUUACGGCAAAGCUGGUCCCGGAGACUAAAGGCAAAUCCUUGGAAGAAAUACAAUCUCUUCUUUCUUCUCCUUCUCAUUAAUAUCAUAUAUAUUAAAAGAAAUGCAAAAAAAAAACAUAGUUUUUUUUGUCUAAUAUGUC